AUGCCCUGGUCGGCCUCAUUUCCAGCCUUUGCGAGUCAAGCCUGUCUGGGGAAUGACCAUGGUUAUGGCACUACUGGUACCCCCCUCUCCACUCACUCCCGUCCCAGCCAUCGCGGGGUAGCCCCAUCCCUCGUCCCGGGGUUGGCCGUUACGAGUGACGCCUGCACUACCGGCUUUUGCUCAAGAAACUUCUUAUAUCCCCAUGCUUUGCCUCAUUUUCCUGGUUUCGGUCCUACUGUCAUCGACCCUCGUCACCAGCCGUUCCAUUUUGAUAGACUUUCCCCCCCAACUCUUAUACUUACACAUGCUUGUAAAUUAGAUGACACUGAGCGACCUUCUGCCACCCCAUCCGCUCCCUCGACGCCUCGCAGCCGUAGUCACGCUCGGCCCAUAGUUAUUGACCUACCUCAACUCAAACGCUUUACUUCAGCUCCUGCUCGCACACCUCCUGAGCCUCUAUCUGCACGAGGUGAUUUGCCUGGAGGAUAUUUUCCCCUCCACGAGGAUCCCACCAGUCGUGUGCACCGUCCACACCCAUUCCAGCAUCACCCAGACGCCCGUAUGAGCCGUCUCAUCUCGGAAUCAGGACCAAUCUACGCGGACCGUCCCACUUCACACCCUGCUCAAAGUGCACUCAUGUCUCAAUCAAAUACACCAGUUGCUUCAUAUCUUGCCCCGGGCUUCCAUGACAAUCCACUUCCCAUGGGCAAAUACUAUCCAUCAAAUUAUGAGAGCAGAAAUGGCAAUCAGAGCAAUAUACGGCCUCCCCUAAACGGGACUAUGUCAUCCAAUAUUGGGCCUGAUUCCCAGACAGUCCCUCGCACAAGUAGCCAGUCAACCCCGGAGACAGAGCUCCGUCGCAAGCUGCAGCAGUAUCAACGCGACAUGAUUGCACAAGCAAGUAUGGCUGCCAACGAACUUCUCAGCACUUCGGCCAAGUCGGGCGACAAACCCAGCAUAUCACUCAACUCUCUACCACUCCGUGACUCGCGCUUCGCUACUGCCGGAUCUCACAAACCUAUAUCACCCAGGCUUCUUCCCUUGGGAAGUCCCGGUCCUGUCACUCCAAUGGAUCUUGAGUCCAUCAGCAGUGGUGAUUACUUAAGCCGAUAG